AUGGAAUUUGUUCCACAAUCAAUUACAGCUCUCGCUGGACCAUCAAAGCCUGUACUUGCCCCAUCUAAGAGUCAAAAACGGCUCAAAGCUGAUGGUAGCCAUGUUUUAGAAGAGUUUCAACAGGAACAUCCAAACGUCGUACCAGAUCGCUUCCAAACAAAAGUGCUCUUGGAUAAAAUCCGGGGGCUGAGUCCCAGCUACGACUACUACAAAUCUCAUCAUGUGAAGGCGUGGUUCCAACGCCGCGUCAAUACACCUGUCUCAUCCGGGGAGGCGUCACUCGGGCAACAUCAUUACUUCCCAACUUUAAAUGAGCAAGCCCUCGCAAACCUCGCCAUCCUCUAUCAAGCACAAAACAAUCCCUCUCCGGAUGUGAUAGAGGUGUGGGCGAAGCUUCUCGGCGUGUUUGGUGCCACUCGGCAGGACGUGAUCGCCUGGGUUACCCACCGAGUUCAAAUGGCCCAAGGGAAUGGCCAGAGGCUUUUGACACCAUCAGAUACCACAUCUCCCGAACCACUGGCCUCACCAACGGACUAUACAUUCAAAUCCGAUCCUUCUCAGUCUCCAAUCUUACCAUCGUUAUCUCGCAUUUCCGAGCCUCAUGCUCCGCAUACCCCGUAUCAUGACUCGCAGUCUAAGAUAGACCCAACCCUGCAAGCCAUCCUCGCAGGUGUGGCAGAAAGCUUACAAAAGCCACUACCACCACCAACCGAUGUUCCCAAAAGUGCUGCAGAGUUCAAGGCGAUGUUCGCUCCGUUUGAACAACAUAUGACCGCGAUGCAGGAAAUAUUAAGUGCUCCAUGA